AUGUCGUAUAAUGCGCCUUCGACGUCGUUCAACCCAGUAACCGACCUCCCUAACAUGAAAGGGAGAGUAGUGCUUGUUACGGGAUCGAGCAGUGGCAUCGGUUUCGCCACCCUGCAACAUCUUUCUCGGAUGGGAGCAAAGGUCUACAUGGCGGUUCCUGACGAACAACAGACGAAAGCAGCGCUCGAACGCGUUGAUAAAGAGGGCCGCGAGCCAGGGCUCGGCGAAGUGGUAUGGCAUGAACUCGAUCUCAAGGACCCCCGGACAGCAAAGACUUCUGCAGAGCGGUUCUUAGGGAAAGAGACGAGGUUGGACUUGCUAGGCAUGUUACCCCUACCUUUUUACUUCCCUCACUCUAAUAAAUUCGUUUUAGUCAACAACGCUGCUUUAAUAUCCGAUGGAGGGAAGCCGUCACUGAACGCCGACGGAAUUCAAGAUAAUAUGGCUAUCAAUUACUUGGGACCGUUCGUUUUCACGCACACACUCCUCCCUCUGCUGGAACAAACUGCAGCCGACGGAACUGAUGUGCGGAUUGUGAAUGUCGGUUCUGCGGGGCACAAGGAUGUGACAUAUCAUUCGUUUGACUCGAAGGCCGCGUGGAAUCACAGGUUCUCGUUUACCAUCUUGCCCACUCUGGCGCGGUACCAAUACUCUAAACUUGCUGUUCAUUUGUGGUCUAAUCACCUCGCGCGCCGGUUGACUUCCAAUGGUUCCAAAGUCAUGCUGUUAAUUGCCCAUCCGGGCGCUAUCCUCAGCGACGGAGCUAUUCGGAAUCUCAAAACCCUCCCGUUUCCAUCUUUCUGGAUAUGGUUGUUGGGAAAGGUGAUGCAUCCGCAGGAGCGUGGAGCGUUCACAACGGUCUUCGCCGGUUGUGCGCCUCGAAACGAUCCGAAUGUCGUACAUGGAGCUUACAUCGUUCCGCCGAAUGUCUUGUUUCAACAAGCGAAGGCGGCACUGGACGAGGCCAAGCAAGACGAGUUGUUCAAGUUCACGAAGGAGCUUUUAGACCAGCUUGACAUCGGCGUCCAGUUGUGA